UCUAGUGUUCUUCUUUUCACUAUUUUCCCAUUGUUAUAGGAAUUAGAACAAGAAAAAAAGAAAAAAAAGCUAGAGAGAAAAUUAUCAUGGCUCGAGGAAAGAUCCAGAUCAAGCUGAUAGAGAACUCAACCAACAGGCAGGUCACGUAUUCGAAGAGAAGAAACGGUCUCUUCAAGAAGGCUAAUGAACUUACCGUUCUUUGCGAUGCAAGGGUUUCUAUCAUCAUGUUUUCCUCUACUGGAAAACUCCACGAGUUUAUCAGCCCUUCGACUUCAACGAAGCAACUAAUUGAUCAGUACCAGAAAACCUUGGGCAUCGAUCUCUGGAACACUCACUAUGAGAAAAUGCAAGAGCAGUUGAAGCAGCUGAAAGAGGUUAACAGGAAUCUGCGCAAGGAGAUUAGGCAGAGGAUGGGUGAAUGCUUGAACGAUGUGAGCAUUGAGGAUCUUCGUGGUUUGGAGCAAGAGAUGGACAGUUCUGUCAAGCUUAUUCGUGAUCGAAAGUAUCGAGUUCUCAACAAUCAAAUCGAUACUUCCAAGAAGAAGGUGAGGAAUGUGAAAGAGAUAAACAAAAAUCUGUUACAUGAGCUGGAUGCAAUCAAUGAAGAUCCAUAUGGUUUAGUCGAUGAUGGAGGGGAUUAUGACACCAUUAUUGGAUACCAAGAUGGAGGUCCUCGUAUAUUUGCUUUAAGCCUGCAGCCAAACCAUCCCAAUCUUCACAGUGGAGGAGGCUCAGAUCUCACAACCUAUCCCUUGCUCCACUAGUAUAUCUUCCAUUUCUAUAAAGCUUAUGUCAUGCAAUAUUUCCUCUUCGCUAAUAUAUUGCUAUGGAAACAAAAGAAAAAUGGUGUGUACUAUUACUAAAAUUCUCUUCACUUUAUUAUGUCGCUUUAGUAGAGAUUAUAUAUUGAUAUGAUUAAUGAUUUAUG